CAACAUUGUUAUGUCAACAUUGUCAACUCAACUCAAUAAUAAACCUAGUCAACAUGGAUUUACAAUCAAACAAAUUAAACAUGAGUUCCUAAUAAUUCUUUUGGUCAUUUACUUAACAAACCAAUUCAUGAAUACAAGUGUAAAUAGAUCGAUUAUUCAGUACAGAAAUAACUGUUAUGUAAAAAUUAAAUGAAUAAUACGAAACCCUCAUGUGGCUCUGUGGCGGCCCCCAAAAUAUUCCACCUUUCAAAAGAACCUCCAUUGUUCUUCAUCAUGAUGAGGUUCAACAUAAAAGUAGCUCUGCUUUUGGUUACAGUAUUGGGUUUUUUUACUAUAUUUGCUACAUGGUCCCUAUGUGGAGACAGGCAUUUCAAGGAAUGGAAUAAUUUGGAUAAAUCUAGAGAGAUUGUAGGCUCUGAAGAAAUAGACUGUUUUAUUAACAACGAUUAUGUGAUUGGCUGUAGAAAGGAAGGAGACGAAGUUUUCUUGCCAUUUUCCUUUUUGAAGAAGUAUUAUGAAGUUUAUGGUAAAAUUGUUAAUCUAGAUGGUGUCGAAAGGUUUGAGUGGUCUCAUAAUAGUUACAAUAAGAUCUAUUAUCCCAAAGGAAAGUAUGACCCAAGAGGUGUUUUCAUGUAUUUUGAAAAUUACAAUGUGGAAAUGAGAGAAAGAGUCAAAUAUGUCAGUGCAAUGGAAGGAGUACCAAUUUCUACUCAGUGGGGCAGUCAUGGUUAUUUCUAUGCAACUCAGAUAGCACAAUUUGGGUUGUCUCACUAUAGUAAGAAUCUAACUGAUCCAGAACCAAGAAGAAAAAUUGUUGAAGAUUCAAUUAAAAAUUUGGCUAAAUGGACUGUACCUACUGAAUCUUUUCUAGAAAGAACAUUUGAAAACAAUAUCAGUAGUAAUAUUUUGAGAUUUCGUACAGGAGAUCACAUUUCAGAUAUGAUUUAUUUGAAAAUGGAUCAUGUGCUUGAUUUUGUGAUCAGUGUUGAUCUGUUGCUGGGAGGCAAUAGUACUUUAACUGUUGUAAUGCAAAAUAGAGAAAAAGGAGAUGUUUAUAAUCUGCAUUAUAUGGGAACAGAUGUCCCGAUAACAGCACAGGAUAACAAUAUAUACCAUGGGAUAGGAAGUACUCAAGAAUGGAGAAAAAUAGUAAGAGAUCUAAUUGUUGAUUUAGACAAGGGCCUAAGUUUAUUGAGAGAGAAAACAAAACAUAAAAGAAUUCCUAGAUCAAAAUUGAAAAUAACUGCCAUUUUACUAUUUGGUUUUGGGUCCAUUGCCAACUUGACCCUUUCGACUUCAGAACAUAUAACAAAUUUUUAUAACGCUGCUGAAUGGUUUGUUAAAUAUCAAGAUGCUAGUGGUGGAUGGCCAAUUCCUGUACGGAGACAUCUUGCUAGUGGUUUUUCAGAUUUGGAGCCAGGUUGGUACUCAGCUAUGGGUCAAGGACAUGCUCUGUCUGUCUUGUCAAGAGCCUACUACCACUCUGGAGAAGUCAAAUAUUUGAUUGCAGCCAUUGCAGGUUUGAAACCCUAUUCAAUUCCUAGUACAAAGGGCGGAGUCUUAACUUCCUUCCUAAAUAAGUAUUCCUGGUAUGAGGAAUAUCCCACAAAUCCACCGUCUUUCGUUUUGAACGGAUUCAUUUAUUCCCUCUUAGGGCUGUACGAUCUUAUGAAAAUUGCUCCUCAAGGCCAAGCUGACUUAGCUAAGGAACUUUUUGAUGACGGUAUUGUUUCUUUAAAAAGUAUGAUAAUGUUAUUCGACAUGGGUAGCGUUACUUCAUACGAUUUGAGACAUUUUACUUUAGGGAUAGCGCCGAAUCUUGCAAGAUGGGACUACCAUGCUACCCAUAUCAAUCAAUUGUUGUUGUUAGGAAAGUUGUUGAAUGAAUCCAUUUUUACGGUUACCGCGGAAAGAUGGAUAGGGUAUAUGAAUGGUAAAAGAGCGCCACAUAAUUGACUCAAUUGAGCAAGUUGGUACACUUAAUGAACUCUUCCUCUUCAGCCUGAUGAAAAGUCUUAUGAUUGGUGUUGGUUUGUGACAGACUACCCAAUUUUGUGAGAUCCCAAUUCAAUUAUGUAUUCUUGCCGAUAAACAUUUCUUGAUAAUUUAUUUUGACUGUAGGUGGAAUACUGAAGGUACUACUAAAGAAGAACGAUCUAUAUGCUAGUAUUUCGAGAGAGGAUAUUCACGGGAAAAAAGCUUUAGUUUACAUGGCAACUAAGGGGUAAUAUUUUUACCGAACAUGAAACGGUUAACCAUGAAAUUGGGAGUCUGUUAUUUUCUUCUGUGAUAAAACAAUGUAUUGUAUUUGAUGGAAUCUUGUUGGUGGAACUUCAUCAUAUCUUAAUUUUUACUUCCUUAUUUAUUGAACUUCCAUGAUGAAUUUCAGAUGUUUCAAUUUGUUUUUAAUAUUGUUGAGAUAUAGAACUGUUGAAAUUGUUGAGUAUUGAAUGAACUAUAGAGUCGGAUGAGUUUUUUGAUAGCAUGUUUCAAUCUGAAUCCAUAAAGUAUAUACUUUUUUUUAAUUAUUCCAAUUAUUUUCCACUUGAAGGUUGUGACAAUAUGGCAACUACAAAAUAUUCAAAUUAUUAAUUUAUCUCGGGUAUUUUUCUUAUUUAAAUUUAUAUUUGUGGACUCAGGAUAGAAACCUUAAAGUGACUUUAUCAAAAUUAUUACAUAAUGGGUCAUCCAACAAAAUUUCUAUAUGAAUUCGUAGUGUCUAACAAUAUUAAUAUAAGUGAGGAUAAUCAGAUAAAAAAGUAACUUCUCUUGAAAAUAAAUAAUUCAUUUCAAGAAUUUUUGCAUAUAAUUUUCAUUAUUAUAGUUUACAGCUUCUAUAAUUUUCAUUGGGUGAGCCAUUAUAUUAAUCACUGAUGAGUCACAAUAGUUUGUUUCAUAACAUGUUUAUGAAGAUAAAAGUAUUAUUUUCAUUUUGCGCUACUUAACAUAUAUUUUAUUUACUAACCAUUAACCUUUUUACAAUAGAAUUGCAGACAUUAUAUUUUUACAAUACUAAAUAUGUAUUUAGUUUUGAGUUAGAGCAUUGUUUCUUUCAUCGAAAAAUAUCACUAUGUACUCUAAUAAAACUAUUUUUCGCGAAAAUACAGAUUUCGAUAAAAAUCAUUCCACUAGCUCAUGAAUAGAAGGACCAAUGCUUUGAAUUAUUAUUUGGUGGUUUGAACAAUUAACCGAAUUCUAUACUGUUGAUCAUACAUGUUCAGCAGAAAGUCAUCUAAUUUCUUGCCUAAUCUUAGAAGUCAAUUAUAGAAUAAACAUUAUAAUUUGAUUCUAUUUCAAGUGAUUGUAUAUUUGUAAAGAGCUAUUUAACCAUAGAAUUCAUGUACAGGGUUGCCCAAAUCUCAUAUGUCUGUAUAAUAAAAAGAAAAAUUUAGAAACAUUUCACAGGGUUGUAUAACCAUGAAAUAUUCAAUUUAAUGAUACAUUUGGAUAUUUCCAAAUCAGAAAAUCGAUCUAUUCUUUGAUUUGUAGUAGUUAUUUCAUCAUGUGAAGUCGAAAAACAAAUUUGAUUUGAUUCUAAACAGAAUUUCAAUUUUCUGGUUUGGAUGUGAAUGUGGUAGAACUUUCAAUCAUGUAUAUUAACCAAAGCUUAUUUGUUGAAUGAUUAUUUUCCCCUUGAUAUUCAUUCAUUUCUAUCACAUACUAUUCUCUUAACAAAUGAGUAUUGCCUAACAUGAUUGUUAUAUAGGAGGUGGCUGACACAAUCUAGAUUUCUUAUUUUGUUUUAUUACUACUACUAAUUUCAUCUCAUUUUGCCACUAGACCUUUGUUUUUUAGUAGGUAUAUUAUAUCAAUUGAGGUAUGAGUAUUUUGAGCCUGAAAAAGACAGGAUGAAAUUCUAUUGUAUAUAUUUCUCAAAAACAUGUUAACAAAUUGCAGUAUUUGGUUUGAAAAAAUUUCAAAUAAAAAAUGAUUACAGUCUCUUUGAGCCAAUUUCAACGUAAUAUGAUGAUUAUUGACUUAAAAAAAGAUACUGUGUAUUCAUCAAUUUAUUUUGUCUAAUAUCGCACAGAUUUUGACAAUAGUUUUCCAAAUGUUCAGUCUGAAUUACAUGUUGAUAGUUUUUGUUUCUCAAAUUGUUAUUUAUGAUGUUUUUCAACUCGUACAUUCCAUUGACCUUUAUUUAAUUUGUUUUUUAGUUCCUAAAUUUUUUUCAAUCAGAAUUUUUAUGAUAGUAGUGUUGGGAUUUGUUACUGCUGAAAUAUUUAAUUGUUACUGAUACUUAAUCUGUCUUCGAAAACUUAUUUACUUUCUCUAGGAACUGCAUAUUUGAUGAAGAUAACUGACUGAGACAAUAAAUUAGCAAAAAUAUAUUACCUAUGCAUAAAA